AUGGCGCUCAAAAUGGCUUCCAAGGGUAAAGGAAAAGGGAAACAAGUAGACAAUAGGUUUGUUAGUGAAAAGGCUUGGCAAUGUUAUGAAGGUGCAAUCAAAAGAAAAGAUAAGGGGUUUAUUGCCAAGUGUGGAUUGACCACAGCCCAUGCAGAAGCUUGGAGUCGAGGAAGAAAGUGGGAUAUCUUUAUGAGUGAACCUGAAGAUUUAGCCAUAGAGCCAAUAGUGAGAGAAUUCUAUGCUAAUUUCCCUGAGUGUGAUUCCGGACAUGUGUAUGUAAGAGGUAUUGAUGUGUCGAUAGAUGCGAAGGUUGUCAAUGAUUUUUAUAGAAUUGAUCCCAUUGACCGUGAUGAGUAUAUGGAAUUUAAGAAGAAGCUGAUUAAGGAGGAGGAGAUACUUAAGAUUCAAACAAAGGAUGGCUACUUAUUGGGUCUCCAACGUGUGUCAUCGAGGAAUGCUAAUCUAAGAGUUGGGCGAGGUCCUCCUGUUUUGCUGUUGCAUGGUCUCUUUAUGGGAGGUGAUGCGUGGUUUUUGGACUCUCUAGAGGAGUCAUUGGGCUUCGUCCUUGCAGAUCAUGGUUUUGAUGUAUGGGUUGGAAAUGUGCGUGGAACGCGUUGGAGUCAUGGGCAUAUAUCAUUAUCUGAGAACAACAAGGAUUUUUGGGAUUGGAGUUGGCAGGAAUUGGCUCUGUACGAUGCUGCAGAAAUGAUACACACUGUAAAUAUGAUCACAAGCUCAAAAAUCUUCAUUGUUGGACAUUCACAGGGAACAAUCAUAACUUUGGCUGCUCUCACCCAGCUGGAUAUAGUCAAAAUGGUUGAGGCUGCUGCUCUUCUGUCGCCAAUAACGUACUUAGAACAUAUUAGUGCUCCUCUUGUACUAAGAAUGGUUGCCGUGCAUCUUGAUCAGAUGAUUUUUGCUAUGGGCUUACAUCAAGUGAACUUUAGAAGUAAUGUGUUAAUCAGUCUUGUCGACUCUCUAUGCGAUGGCCAUUUAGAUUGCAAUGACUUACUAACUACCAUAACAGGAAAGAAUUGUUGCUUCAAUAACUCACGAGUGGACUUCUAUCUGGAAUAUGAACCUCAUCCUUCUUCUGCAAAAAACAUGCGCCAUCUGUUCCAGAUGAUCCGUAAGGGUACUUUUUCGCUGUACAAUUAUGGAAUCUUCAAAAACUUGAAGCUAUAUGGUCAGACAAAACCCCCAGCAUUUGAUCUUAGCCGCAUUCCCAAGUCAUUGCCAUUAUGGAUGUGUUAUGGUGGAAAUGAUGCUUUAGCAGACGUGACAGAUGUACAGCAUACUCUAAAGGAAUUGCAGUCGACACCAGAAUUGCUUUAUCUCGAAAACUAUGGUCACAUGGACUUUAUUUUGAGCAUAAAAGCGAAGGAAGAUUUUCACAACCAUAUGAUUGCGUUUUUCAGGAUGCAAGAUCAAGCAAGUCAUUUUGACAAGAGUGAGAAGCUUGUUUGAAGAUGAACUUCCUCUGGGAUUGUGGAGAAGCCACAUGACGCUAAACACUGGGGGCGUGCUGAAUGUGCUUCUCUUUCGGAAAGAAGUGGCUUAUGUCAGAAAACAAGAGAGAAGACGGAGUAGCAGUUCAAUAUUAUGAUACUGCCAAAGUGUGUCAGAGAGGAAGAGAGAAGAGAAAAUGUAUUUUCUGUAUAUAUGUAUAAGCCUGUACAAUAGCCAAUUUAUACAAAUUUUGUAAAUGUAGAAAAGGAAAUUAAUAAAUACAAAUAAAUGUAAUUCAUUUAAUCAAUCAUAUAAAUUUAUAUGAUUGAUUGAAUGCUAAAAUCACUCAUUGAUCUCUUCCAGUAGAGAUCAAGGAAAAGCUGUGCAUUCCAUAUUUCCACACUUCUCCUCAAGCUUGUGGUUUGUAGAUAUCAAAAACCCCAAGCUUGCUAAGUAGAUAUGAAUGUUGUCUGCUGCAUAAUGGCUUUGUGAAAAAUGUCUGCUGGUUGUUCUGAAGUACAAAUGUG